AUGCUCGAACAUUGCACUCUAGCUACAGCUGGUGUUACCGAGCAACAGAUUAAACAAACUGAUGCAAAGUGUAAUUAUAAUACAAAAUAUGAUGUAUCUGGGUUGAUUAUCUGGUAUGUCCAGUGCUGAAUAGUCAGUGAUUAAACGUUAUUCCAGUGAUAACCAGAUUUGAUCCAUUUGAAAGAAAGGCAGUAUUUAAAAUGAAGCAAAACUCUGAAUUAUGUGAACCUGAGAGGCAACAAAAUGAUUUGCUGUAGGUUUAUAUAAAAACAUUUUAUUUUAUAUAUUAUUAAUGUAAAGAUAUUGUUAGAACUUAAAUCCCCUUUUAAAUAGACACAAUGAAUCUAAAGAAACAGCUAUAUGACUGCUCAGGCGUGCAUCCAGUUCUAUACGUUAAGGUUACUGGGUGAUAAUUUGUAAUGCUGAUUUUAUUUUCAAUGAAAAACUUUGGACUUGUGGGACACUAUUAGAGCUUUAUUUAUUAUGUUCAAACUAAUGUAAUUAACUGAAAACUCCUCUCCAAUCAGUUAUAUCAGUUUGGUAGAAGUUAUAAGGUAGUGUUAAAAAUAGAUUGUAGUUCAUUAUUUAGGCUACUAAUUUCAACACAGCUGGGGUUAAAUAUUGUCUGUCUUUCAGAACAAUUUUUUUUCUAAAAAAAAUUCCCAAUUUUGAUAAACGUGUUCAAUGAUGCUGAAAGGUAAGAAGGUGAAAGAUCAGCUAUGAAAUGCAAAUAUUAGGGAAUUUGCCUACAAAACCGUAAGGGACUGAGAGUUUAUUGAAGUUAAGACAUGAAACAAAUUAAAUGUCUCAAAUACCAGAUGUUGUACAAAUUCAGACAAUAUGCUCUAAGUACAUGUUAUUGCAUUAUUAACUUUCUGAUCAAAUUGUCAAACAACCAUGAUUUAGAUGGUUUCAUAUUGUGACUGAAAUCUAGCAUUGUGUGAAAAUGAACCUAUUUCCUUUUUUUUCCUGUCAGUAAAUUGGAGCAACCUAACAUCCUGUGGUCUAAGACCAAUGUUUACAUAGUGCAGGAAUUGUUGGGCAGUGGCGUCUUUGGCAAUGUUGUAAAGGGUGUUAUAAAAGGAACUAAUGAGAAAGUGGCUAUCAAAAUCUUGAAGGACACCCGAUAUGCUGCUGAAGAUGCUGAAGAAGAGGUGGACAUCCUAUGCCAGCUGAGUAAGGAGCAACCAGACGAUUUCAAUCUCGUCAAGCACUUUGACUAUUUCCAGCACAACAAUAACAUCUGCAUUGUGUUUGAGAUGUUGGACAUUAGUCUCUAUGACUUUAUAAACAAACGCAACUUCAGGCCGUUUCCAGUGAAACACAUCCGCCCUAUUGUGCAGCAGGUGGGCAGUGCACUGGGAAAGCUGAAAAGUCUGGGAAUUAUCCACACAGACUUGAAACCAGAAAACAUCAUGAUGGUGGACACGUCCAAGCACCCAUUCAAAGUCAAGGUCAUAGACUUUGGGUGUGCAAUCCAUGCAUCCAAGGCUCGAUGUUCGAGUUACAUACAAAGCAGACACUAUAGGUAA